AUGUCCUUCACCCGCCCAAGGGCACUUGCCACAUCAGCGGCGAGUCCAGCAUCCAAGGACCUGGCUCUGCCAGCGGACGCCGAAGACACCAUCUCGGCCGUCUCAUGGUCGCCAGCAGCCAACCACCUCGCAGCCGCGUCGUGGGACGGCAAGAUGCGCGUCUACGACGUCGCGGCCGACGGAACCGGGCGAGGAGUCGCCAUGCUCACAGCGGGAGGCCCUGUACUCAGCUGCGACUGGGCCAAGGACGGAAGCAUGGCCCUCGCAGGAGGCGCCGAUAAAAAAUGCCACCUGUUGCAUGUGGCGACGGGCCAGCAGACCGCGGUGGGCUCGCACGACGCGCCUAUUCGCGGAGUGCGGUUCGUCGACGUGCCCGGGUCCAACGGCCCCGUUAUCGCGUCCGGAUCGUGGGACAAAACCGUCAAGUUCUGGGAUGUUCGGCAGCCGAACCCGCUUGCGAGUCUCACUUGCGCCGAGCGGGUUUACGCCAUGGACGCCAAGUCGCGGCUGCUCGUUAUCGCUACGGCUGAGCGCCACGUCCACCUCGUCGACCUGCAGAACCCAACCGCCUUCAUGCGGACUACACAGUCGCCGCUCAAGCACCAGACAAGGGCGGUGACAGCGUUCCCGGAUGGCACCGGAUGGGCCACGGCCAGUAUAGAGGGCCGAUGUGCGAUUAACGCCGUGGAUGAGAAGGAUACCAGCGUCAACUUUACCUUCCGCUGCCACCGCGAGCAGCCCGACGCCCAGCGCGUGACCAAAGUCUUCGCAGUCAACGACGUGCAGUUCCACCCCAUCUACACGACGACCUUCAGCACGGCGGGCGCCGACGGCACCUACCACUUCUGGGACCGCAUCGCCCACGCCCGCCUGAAGGGCUACCCUUCGGUGGGCGCCUCCAUCACCACCUCGGCCUUCAACCGCGACGGCACGCUGUACGCGUAUGCCGUCGGGUACGACUGGAGCCAGGGACAUGCGACCAACAAUCCGCAGUACCCCAAUAAGUUGAUGCUGCACUCGGUUAGUGAGGAAGACGCGAAGCCAAAGAAGAAGUAG